AUGGCUACCGCAUUGUCCACAGUCCUUGUAGUCGACGACAUGGAGAAAAUUUCCGAUCCCAUCAACAGGGUUGUUCCAAGCAAGGAGUACAAGUGGUGGCCCAAAAACAUCGAUCACAAAAUCACUCCCGAGUGUCGUAGACUCCUCGAGAAAUAUAGCAAGAUUUCGCCGGAGGAUGUUCGCCAACACAUAUAUGACAAUCGUGAAAAGGCAUGGGCAAUUCGCCCAUAUCCGUGCACAGGUCUGGGUCGCUUCCUUGAUAAUCUUCUCGCUCAGUCGCCAGCAUAUAAAGAUAUUGUUGUGCGGCUCAAGAGCGGAGACUCAUCCAUUGACAUUGGAUGCUUCCUCGGUCAAGAAUUACGUCAAGUGGUGUGGGACCUGAAUGGUGCGCCCACAGAUCAGCUUCAGGUCGUGGACAUUGUCAAUCAUUGGGACUUGGGCUAUGAUUUCUUUCGUGACAAGGAUACUUUUGAAGUUGAUUUCUUUGGAAGAUGA